AAACCACGCCAUCGUGCAAACACUUGUUCAUUUUGUUCAUCCGGAUCUAGUUCCCAAACCUUGUUGCGCCCCUACGCAGCUCAACGCCAUCUCAGUCCUCUACUACGAUGACAGCUCCAACGUAAUCCUCAAGAAGUACCGCAACAUGGUGGUCCGAGCUUGUGGCUGCCACUAGACUGCCAGCGUCUUCACGUGGACCCAUUCUGUACAUACGCACACACUGAGAGGGAAGUGGGGACGGGCGUAGUUCAAGAAGCAGAGACUUUGGUCCUUUUUAUGUAAACGCGUUGAUGUGAGGCCAAACAUGACUUUCAGACAAUCUAAGAGAACAGUUCAACCCAAAUUUAAUUACACUUAAAAUAAACAUAUGGACCUACCGCA